UUUGUUAACAUAAAUUAUCUUUCAAUAGCUCAAACUUGAAAAGAAACAUUGUCAAUCUGAUUAUCAGCAAGUUAACAUUUAUACGAUAAAAUAGAACGAACAUAAAUGUUCGUACAUAUUUGUUAGUACAUUCCCGUGUGCUGCCCAUUUAUACGCAGUUUAUUAUUAUUAAUAAAAUACCAAGAUUACAAUGAAAAAGUGUAUCGUUCGAUGAAAUAUUUUUCCACAGAUGCAUUUCAUUGACUGGUGUACUUUCUUUUUACCUUUGAAAUAUUAUCUAGCACCAGAUCGCGCUAUUGUAUCAGUGUAGUGACCGAUACGUGACGUGAUAUUCAGCGUAGAUAGUUUAGACUGUUCGCAUUUGUGUAAAUGUUUCGUGUUUAAUCGUAAGACGUCGAACGUCGACUUUGAUUGUCUCUAACAUUGACAAUCGUGGCUUUAUAUCAUUUUUUAUAUUCUCAUCUAGAUUAUAUAUCAAAGUACUUCAUUUGUAUCCGAUGAUGAUCAUAAGGGGAAGAAGUACAAGAAUAUAAGAUUUUUUUUCUAGACAUCGUUCAACGUUGUGAAAUAGUGAAAAAGAAAAUAACGAGAAAAGAACGUAGGAAAAACAUGUGAAAGAUUUGCAUUUGUUUAGUAACUUGUAAUAUACUUUAGACAGAAAACUACUUGACCGAUUGAUUCCGGCACCUUCGUUCCGAGUAAAAAUCUUGGCGUGAAAAAGAAACUGUGAACUAGCAAUAGAACAUUAUAUACACCGAACUAUUAACACAAUGUAUUCGUAAGAAUAAGCACUUUUAUUCAUUUUCUUUUUCAACGUGUUCUCGCGACAUGCGCUUUCGAUAUACGAACAAUUUACGUUUUACAUACAAUGGUCUUCUGGUAGAGUUCUUUAAUUUUGCUAUCUCGCGCACAACGUUUGUUCGACUACUAAGAAGAUGGCGCGAGAAUGCACCGAGGAGGGUCUCGUACUUACGGCAAUGGUGGUAGGAGUCGACGAUCACGUGACACUUACGUCGCAGGGCCGCUUGUCGCGCGACCGUGCGAGGCCAGCCAUUUUGAUUAGUAACAUGGCGUCAGCGGAGAUUAAUAUGGCGUCCUCGGACAUAAUAACCGAAGUGGAGCCAGAAAUCCAGGAAGUCGAAAUCGAAACAAUACCGGUGGAAAUACCUUGCGAAACGGUGGAAACGACUAUUGAAGGGGACGAUGGACAGCCGAUGAUCGCAUUACAACCAUUACCGGAACCAGGCCGUGAAGAAAUCAUUCUACAGACGCAAGAGGAAAUCGUCGGCGCCGAUCCACUGAGCGUGUACGAUCAGAUACCCGUACCAGAGAACGACAUUUAUGUCGAAUCGAGUCCUGGACCAUCGAGGAAGGGUACGAAGAAAGCUAGAAAAGGUGGAGCUUCUAGAUUUCGAACGUCCGAUCACGCAAUAUUUGGUGAAAUGGGCUCAGAAACGAAAGCAAGAAAGUGGGAGCAGAAGCAAGUGCAAAUCAAAACCCUUGAGGGGGAAUUCUCGGUGACAAUGUGGGCAUCUGGAACGGACGACGAUGAAGGCUCUAAUCCAGAACCUGAUCCAGAUUAUACUGAAUAUAUGACUGGCAAGUCAAAUACAAAGUUUAAUCAUUCUGGAAGUUCUGUUUCCGAUGGAAUGCCAGGUCUCGAUUUAUCAGAUCCUAAACAGCUAGCUGAAUUUGCCAGACCAGGACAUAAAUUGAAAGUACGCAAACCACCUGUUAUGGAUGGUGUAGAACGUACAAUUGCUUGUCCUCACAAAGGCUGCACAAAAAUGUUUCGAGAUAACAGUGCUAUGCGUAAGCACUUACACACACAUGGUCCUAGAGUACAUGUAUGCGCAGAGUGUGGAAAGGCUUUUGUUGAAAGUUCAAAAUUAAAGAGGCAUCAGUUAGUGCACACAGGAGAAAAACCUUUUCAAUGUACAUUCGAAGGGUGUGGCAAAAGAUUUAGCCUUGACUUUAAUUUGCGAACCCAUGUCAGAAUCCACACAGGUGACAGACCAUAUGUUUGCCCAUUUGAUGGUUGUAGCAAAAAGUUUGCACAAUCCACGAACCUUAAAUCGCACAUAUUGACCCAUGCCAAGGCUAAAUCGCGAAAUGCCAUUGGAAGACAAGUACAACAAAUUCAACUUCAACAACCUCAAUUCGUCCAAGUCGAAGUUGCGGAUGUGGACAACCAGCAAUUUAUUGUCUAUGCUGAUUAGCCCCCUUGAAUGUUGAUCUCGUAUUCUGGUGAAUCUAUUAUGGAAUAUCAUAACCAUUAAUUAUUAACAUAAGCAGUGUAAAUAUUUUCAAGAUGCAGCAAGCGACAAAGGGAAUCAGUCGUUAAAACUAUUAGUUAUGGUAAGAGAUCGAGUUAAUUAAAUAAUUAAUACCUCUGUGCUUAGAUAUGAAAUAACGAAAACACCGAGAGUAUUGCGCUCCCAAAAACUCAUUGAUAAACAGUGUACUUUUUAAGACAAUGCGAGGUGAAACGAUGCACAUUGCUUUGUGCAAAGUCAGACUUUUUAAUAAAAUCUAGUGCGCCGUCGUAAUGUGUGACUGUACAUAUUUAUAAUUAAAGUAAAAUAUUGUAUACAGUAUAUUUUGGAGAAAUUCAAAUGAGAAUAAACCACAAAAUACA